ACCUUCUUCAAAACUCUUUCUCUCUAUCUAUCUCUCUCUUUCUCUCUCUAGAAGAUGGAAAAGCAAAGUGUUCUGUGUGAUGUUUCUUCAACAUGGGAAGGUUCAGAAAAUGAACACUCCAUGGAGAAGAGGUUGAAGCUAUUUGGGUUUGAGUUAAAUCCAUGUAGCAACAAAAUUACCAGUUCAAAUGAAGGAGACGAAAGUGUGAACUCUUCAACCUCAAUUCUGUCUUCUUCUUCAUCAGGAUCAGAAAGAGCAGACAGAUCUGAAGCAGGUCAAGAUCAGAAGAUCGUUAUCGUCACAGAAUCAUCUUCAAGAGAUCAAAAACCUAAUAAUAAUGAUAAUAAUAAUAAGAUUUCUUCUUCCUCAGAUGAGCAGAGAAAGUUCGAGUGCCAAUACUGCUUCAAGGAGUUUGUAAACUCACAGGCUUUAGGAGGCCAUCAAAAUGCUCAUAAGAAAGAGAGAAUGAAGAAGAAGAGACUUCAGCUUCAAGCCAGGAAGGCUAGCUUCAACUUAUAUCUUCAACAACGAUCUUUUCAAGCUAGUAAUAAUUAUUAUUAUCAGUAUUAUGGAUCUGGAUCUGAUAAUAGUAAUAAUUAUAAUUCUUCUUCUUGGUUCUACGAUCCUUCUUCGUAUAACAACUCAGCCGAGUUGUUCAAUCUUCAUGAAGGAUCCCAGAUUAGCUUCAGAUCUUCAUCAAAUCCUCAUCAUCAUCCUCGUCGUUCUCUUCAGGAGCCUUCUUGUAUGUUUGAUUUCUCUCGCACUGAUAGGCCUUUCAUGUCGGAGACUUCGACCCAGAAAACGAAUCAUUCUCAGAAAGCUUUGGAUCUUCAACUAGGCUUAGCCUUGGAGUCGAAUACAAGAAUCUAAGAAGCAUAUGAUCAUACCUAGGUUAGAAAAUUAAUUUAGUGUAGGUUUUAUAUAUAUAUAUAUAUAUAUAUAUAUAUCUGUAGUUUCCAUAUUGUAUUUGUUGAAGGAUGAUUUAUGUAAGACAGGGAUUUUCAGCAUCAGGGGGGGAAAAAGAAAAUUGAAUGAGAAAAACAAAUAGUAUUCACUAUUCUUUAUAUUUACACAAGGC